GGGGCGCCGCCGCCUCCGGCCGGGUCAUGCCCGUGCGCCCGGGGCGGCGGGGCUGCGGGCUGCGGCGGGAUGGGCGCGCUCCGGGCCGGCGCCCUCGCCUUCCUCCUCCUCCUCCUCCUCAGCUGCCUCCUGCCCCGGCGCGGCCCGCUCAGGCUGGUCUCAGGGAGGGAGGAAAUCAAAGCCGCUUCCCGAGGCUCACCCCAGCCCAUGUCACCCUCUGAUUUCCUGGACAAGCUUAUGGGACGAACGUCAGGGUAUGAUGCCCGGAUUCGACCCAACUUCAAAGGUCCGCCCGUCAACGUGACCUGCAACAUCUUCAUCAACAGCUUCGGCUCCGUCACCGAGACCACCAUGGACUACCGGGUGAACGUGUUCCUGCGGCAGCAAUGGAACGACCCCCGCCUGGCUUACCGCGAGUACCCCGACGACUCCCUGGACCUCGACCCCUCCAUGCUCGACUCCAUCUGGAAGCCAGACCUGUUCUUCGCCAACGAGAAAGGGGCCAAUUUCCACGAGGUCACCACCGACAACAAGCUGCUGCGCAUCUUCAAGAACGGCAACGUGCUCUACAGCAUCAGGCUGACUCUGAUCCUGUCCUGCCCCAUGGACCUCAAGAACUUUCCCAUGGACAUCCAGACAUGCACCAUGCAGCUGGAGAGCUUUGGCUACACCAUGAAUGACCUCAUCUUCAAGUGGUUGGAGGAGCAGGAGGCCGUGCAGGUGGCAGAGGGCUUGACGCUCCCACAGUUUAUCCUCAGGGAUGAGAAGGACCUGGGUUAUUGCACCAAGUACUACAACACAGGCAAGUUCACCUGCAUCGAGGUGAAGUUCCACCUGGAGAGACAGAUGGGUUACUACCUGAUCCAGAUGUACAUCCCCAGCCUGCUCAUCGUCAUCCUCUCCUGGGUCUCCUUCUGGAUCAACAUGGAUGCGGCACCGGCCCGGGUGGGCUUGGGCAUCACCACCGUGCUCACCAUGACCACACAGAGCGCUGGCUCCCGUGCCUCCCUGCCCAAGGUCUCCUACGUGAAGGCCAUUGACAUCUGGAUGGCCAUCUGCCUGCUCUUUGUCUUUGCUGCCCUGCUGGAAUACGCAGCCGUCAACUUCGUCUCCCGCCAGCACAAGGAGUUCAUGCGCCUGCGCCGGCGCCAGCGGCGGCAGAGGAUGGAGGAAGAGCUCGUCCGUGAGAGCCGCUUUUACUUGCGAGGCUAUGGGCUGAGCCACUGCCUGCAGCCGAAGAAUGGGGCUGGGGAGGGCCCUGGCAUCUACAGCCCCCCCCCAGCCGGGAUGCUGCUGCGGGAAGGGGAGAGCCUCCACCGGCGCUACAUUGACCGGGCCAAGCGCAUCGACACCAUCUCCAGAGCCGUCUUCCCCUUCACCUUCCUGGUCUUCAAUAUCUUCUACUGGGUUGUCUACAAAGUGCUGCGCUCAGAGGACAUCCACUCCGUGCCCUGAGGGCUGGAAAAGCAGGACUGCCUCUCCGUCUGCCCCCUCAGUGUGCAUGGAUGCCACAGCCUCAGCCAGAACCGUGUUUCCCUCUGUCCUGGAGCAGCGGCACAGCCAGGCUGGGCCUCAGAGCCUGGACACAUGGCAGCCCCCAUGUCCCUUUGGAUGCUGGGGCACUGAGGAGGCAGGGACAGCAACCCCAGGUUUGAAAAAGGGACCCUUCCUGCCUUCUGCAUGGCAUCAACUCUGGGCACCCAGGGAUGCUGUGCUGCUGGGGAGCCUCAGGUACCCAGGGAUGCUGUGCUGCUGGGGAGCCUCAGGUACCCAGGGAUGCUGUGCUGCUGGGGAGCCUCAGGUACCCAGGGAUGCUGUGCUGCUGGGGAGCCUCAGGUACCCAGGGAUGCUGUGCUGCUGGGGAGCCUCAGGUACCCAGGGAUGCUGUGCUGCUGGGGAGCCUCAGGUACCCAGGGAUGCUGUGCUGCUGGGGAGCCUCAGGUACCCAGGGAUGCUGUGCUGCUAUGGUACAGGGGAGCUCCUGAUACUCUGGGAUGCUGCACAGCUGGUGGCCAGCAAACACCACCUUCCAAUCAAACACCCUCCACCUCUUCCAUGUCAGGC